AUGACGGUGGUCAGCGGUUCGGCCCUGUCCAUCAGCGCCAUUCUUUCGGGCACCAUCUUGGAGCUCGGCUGCAACGCCUAUACCAAGCAGGAGAGCGACACCAGACACCUGCGGACGGGCACCUACACCACGACGCUGGAUCCAAGAUAUCUGGCGCAGAACGCCACUCCCGGAAAUGCUGAGGUCUUCACCAUAAUUAGGGACGCCAACGCCGCGCCGAGGCAGCUCAGGGGCAUCCUGCCCAGGGCGGCUUUGAGCUGGCAGAACAUCCUGUCAGGAACGGUCUCCGAGCUCCUGUGCGACGCCUACAGCAAGUCUGAAAGCGACGCCAAGUAUGCCUUGCAGACAACAGCCAGCGGCGGCGGCGUGCCUGACCCCCUGACCAUUGGGGAGGUUCGAGGAGACGGCGCCUCAUUGAUACUGCGGGCUGGCAGCAGCACGGUCAACGUGGUGGCCCAGGACAGCACGCCCUUGGCAACUUUCAGCGCCGCCGAGAACUAUUUUGGAGGGGCGCCGAGAAUGAGG